AAACUCGCCUUCCAAUCUUUUGGGUUUUCAUUUGCAAAGGAAUCAUUUUUUCAUUUGCCAAUCGACCUUCUUCAACCCUCUAGAUCGAAAGGCCAUUUUUUUUUUCUUUUAGUUUUUGUUAUUAUUUCGCAUUCUUUUUACCUUUUCAAUUCUUCAAAAAUUCUCGCGACUGAAUUCACGUCAGAACACGGAAACAUAAAGUUCAGUUUUUUGCAUCGUUUUUAUUAAAAUUUGUUGGCGAACAAAACAGAGAAAAAAAAACCAAAAAAUUGAAAUUUCUUAUCCGUUUUGGCGAAUUGAACUGCGUGUUCAAUUGGGUUGUUGAAUUCGAGGCAGAGGGAACCGCGGGUGUACAAGGAAUUUCGAUUCUGCUGUUGUUAGAAACGGUGUAGUUUGGUGUGAGAGAAGCUGGGGACUUGGGGUGGUCGUAACGACGUCGUUGACGGAGAAGGUAUGGAUUGUAGGGUUUGCGUGGCCACCGGCGGCGAUUUGUGGGUCAGAGUUGGCGGCGGUGGCGAGAUUGGUGGCGGUUUCAGCCACGAGAGCGAACAUGAUUUGGCCCUCAUGGUUAGCGAUUUUUUAGAGAAUGGAAGUAGUGGCGCAGAGUCUUGGUGUAGCAGUGAUAGCGAUUCUGGUCAUUCUGAUUUCGCUCAACUCGCCGAGAGGAUUCAGAUCUGUAAACUGUCAGUGGCUCAACAUGAAAGUGACUUGCUUUCAGUUGUUCAUUCCCUCAUACGGUCAAUGAAUGAGACCAACCUUCAAGUUAUGAAUUCUGGUCCAUGUUAUGCUAGCUGUAUCAGGUUUUAUCUUGUGAAGUUGAUGAGACUUUCUGGUUAUGAUGCUGGUGUUUGUGCAUCUAAAUGGCAGGGUAGUGGCAAGGUCCCUGGAGGUGAUCAUGAAUAUAUUGAUAUUAUCAUCGACAAUAAUUCUGGAAGCUCGGAGCGGUUGAUUGUUGAUAUUGAUUUCCGAAGCCACUUUGAAAUAGCUAGAGCUGUUGAUUCUUAUGAUAGGAUACUGAAUUCACUUCCAGUUGUCUACGUGGGUUCCUUUACAAGGCUGAAACAAUUUCUUGGAAUAAUGGAAGAAGCUACUAGAUCUUCUUUGAAACAGAAUUCUAUGCCACUUCCUCCAUGGAGAUCUUUAGCAUAUCUGCAAGCCAAGUGGCAGUCACCAUAUGAAAGAUACACACAUUCAGAAGGCAAUAAUAUUAGCGACAGUGAUUGCUUCGAUCACAAGCAAUGCUGUGGACAUUUGAAGAGGCUGCAAUCUUGCCUUCAAUCAGGAAUUGAAAUAGACCGAUUGUUGAAGCCAAGAAACAGUGAAAGUAACUGGAGGAUGAAGCCUGAGAGAUGGAGACACCCCUUGUUUAGGCCUCUUUGAUAAGUACAGAUUUUGGCUUUGAAGUUCUUAAGAGACUGAAUGAAAAUAAUACAGAAUUUUGCGGCUAUUUUUCCCUCUAUGAAAUCUUCAUCUUACUACCUAAUAGAUCUGAUCAACAAACAACAGAGGCAGCCUUAGCAACAACAAUAAGCCAUUUUAUAAUGAAACGGUUCUUUCUUUCUUUCUUGUCCAUGUUUUUGAGGUGUCGCAAUUGCAGAGUCGAAGUUUUGGUUGGUGUCCAGUGGCAAUCACCAAGUACUGGGUACCCAUAAUGUCUGAUAUUUAUUCCUUGUCUCGUAUAUUUGUUGGGUCUGGGAAUUUUUGGUACCAUAUGUUAAUGUUCCUAUCCUUCAAUUUAUACUCUUAUGAUUAAUUUUGAUUGGACAAUCCUAGUCUUUAGAAUUUCUGAUCAGCUAUAUUAUUUGAAAGACUAUAACUGCAUCCUUCAAUUUAUACUCUUAUGAUUAAUUUUGAUUGGACAA